GUCACCUAACUUUACCAGUAAAGAACUGAAAGCGUAGGCAAUUUUUUCAAUGGAAGCUUGGAGAGAGGGUUUGUUAUUUGAAUUUAAUUAAGCCGGCUUUUUUGUUAUCAAUGUUUAUAAAUUAAAUAAGUAUCGAUGAUUAUGGCUCGUUCAGAUUUUCGUGUAAAAGUCGAUUUAUCGAAAUAUUAUCAUGAUAUACGACGAUUUUGUUGGGUUUUCGUUGAUGGAACUAAAAUCUUACAAAUUUCUGAUAUGAAGAAACAUAUUAAAAAAUUAUUUAACAUUCGUGAACCGUAUCAUUUAUGUUUAAAUAAUACUGAAUAUUUACCACCAUUUGAAGAUGCCCGAAUUAUAAAAGAGAAUGAAACAAUUAUCGUUAUACCAGGCAGUGGUUUGGAAGAUGAAAUAGAAUCUUCUAUAAAUUUUGUAUCACCAUCUAUUCAAGAUAAUGACAACAGUGAAAACAAAGGGAAUAAAACAUUUAAUCACAAAGAAACACAAACUGUAGAAUUUUCUGUUAUGGAAGUGACAGUUCCUACAAAAGAUAUUACUAUUCAGUCAAAUGAACUUUUAUCCGAUUCAAAACAAGAUUUAUCUUCUACGGAUAUAACAUUUCAUAGUGUAGUAGAUGAUACAGAAGAUAAUUUUACAGAUUCUAAAACAAUGAACAGUACUAUUACGGAAGAUUAUAGUUUUAUAAAAAAACAAUCACCUUCAACAAAACGUAAAAGAGUACGACAUAGAAAAGGAAAAAAGAAUAUAUCAACAUUUAUACAAAAUCCUAAUGACAAGAACGAUAUAACGAAAAAACCUAAAAUAGUAGAUUCUCUUGUUUUAUCUUCAGGAAAGCAUAUAAGAUUUGAUACAUCUGAAACGAAUGAAAUACAAAUGAUGCAACAGUUUGUGAUUGAACCUGCAUUAUCUAAACUAAUUAGCUUAAGGAAUAGUUCUACACCUCUUACAUUUCCUAAUAAAAAAAUAAAAGAAGAAAUUGUUAAGCCACAAAAUAUAUCUACUAUAGAAGUUGAAAAUAUAGAUAUUUCUAAUGAAAAGACAAAUGAGACAUUAAAUAAUACAGUUGAAAAAAAUACAUCUGGAAAAGAAAUUAAUCACGAUCUUAAAAAUCAAUCAUUUUCUGAUAUAGAACUUGAACAAUAUCCUCCUGUAAAAAUGCAAGAUGUAGAAAACAAUGAUAUUAUUGCAUUUAAAAUGUUAAGAAUUGGAGAAGAUUACAGUCCACACAUGUCUAACGUAAUUAUAGCACAGGUUAUGGCAUUAAAUCAACAAACCAGUAUUUUCACUCUUAAAAUAAUAAAAGGAUUAGAUCAAAUAUAUAAUGGUACCAUUCCUUCAGGAAAGUUUAGUAUUCUGGAACCAGAAAUGAAAGGAAUAAUAUCGAAUAUUUUAAAUAUAAAUUAUUCUCACAUGAUGGAACCAUGUUUUAUAAAAAAGUCAUCUAGUAAUAACACGAAUACAGUUUCUUAAAAUAUUAAUUAUAAUUUUUUUUUA